ACUCAAAAGGGAACUCUUGUGAUUUCAUUAAAAUAUUUUUGUGGCUUUUGGAACCCCGUUAUUUUGUUAUAGUGUAUAAUUUGCUAAUUUGCACAUAGUCCGUAAUCUCUAGGAGAAAGUGAGUGAUUUUUUAAAAAUGUUUUUUAUUAUUAUUAUUAUGCUUGUGAACAGUAGGAGAUGACAUCAAUGACAUACAACUUUGUAUACAAUACACAAUAUGUAUUCAAGAAUAUAUAAAAAUAUCAUCAGAACAAAUAGGAAAUUAAAAGCAAAACGUUAAUGAUUGAUAAGAAAUAUAAUAAGAAAAGCUAGUAAAAAACACAUGAGGGUAAGAUAUUCAUUUAUUGUGGCGUCGACGGCACAUUGGACCCGCCAUAAGUGCAUAAAACACACCCCAUAGAAGACUGAUUCUGCAUCGACUUGUGAUCGUGUUAUGUAGGGUUACGCAUGUACAUGCGCUUAUUUUGUUUUUACAGACAUCACCUGGAUUCAUUAAUUUAGAGAAUGCUCAAGCUUGCGUAUCUGUUGUCAUGCUUGACAGUUGUCAAUGCAGGUUCUCACUCACUGAUGGUUUUGGCAACAUAUAUAGCUGGACAGACACCAUUUCCUGAGUUCAGUGCUGUGGUGAUGUUGGAUGAUUUGCAAAUAAUGUAUUAUGACUCAAACACAUGGAAAGUUGUCCAUCGCACUAACAGUGAUUCAAAAUACUAUGAUGAAGAGCAAAGUGAUGCUGGUGUUGUAUUUCAAGACAUGUAUAAUGGCUUGAAAACACGUGAUUUUUAUGUUAAGAAACACCUAAAUCACACAGAUGGUGUACAUAUUUAUCAGAGAAUUACUGGAUGUGAACUGUUGAAUAAUGAUAAACCAGGUCCAAUUCAUUUGUGGGAUGCUUUUGAUAGUCAAAAUAUGGAGGAGUUCACAUAUGACCUGGAAAAAAACGUGAUCCAGGUGAAAAAGCCAUGGAUGCCGUGGGACCAAGUGAAAUGGCUUCAUUUGAACUUUUUAAAUGAAAAUGUUUAUCAUCCUAUUUGCAUUAAAGUUUUGCGGAGGUACCUGAAUAUGGAAAAGAACAAUGUGAUGAGAAAAGUGAAACCCAGAGUCAGACUCAUGAAGAAGACACUCACAGACUCUCAAGGGCUUCAGAUCAGCUGUCUGGCCACUGGUUUUUACCCCCGUCACAUUAACCUGACUCUGUUCAGAGAUGAUCAGCCUGUGGAUGAUGAUCAGAUCACAGGAGGAGAGAUUCUGCCCAACGGAGACAGAACUUACCAGAUGAGGAAGAGUUUGGUGAUCAGCACAGAAGAACAACGUGAAGGACACAAAUACAACUGUACAAUGAAGCACCUCAAUCUGGACAACAAAUUGGACAUUAGAUUUGAUGUGGAUGAAUUUGACCCAGGAUCCUUCAGUCUGUCUGUAGUUAUCAGUGUGCUGGUGUUAAUGUGUGUGGCUGUUCUCAUCAUAAUUGCACUCAUUAUAUGGAGGAAAAAGAGAUGUUCGGCUGGACGAGGCUCUGAGACGUCAAAGAGUGAUUACUCCCUUACUCCAUCAUCCACGCAAGAUGAAUCAUGAGUCAAAACAGGCCUAUAUUAAAUUGAAAUUUGAUUAAAAUGACAAAGGAAUGUAAUAUAGUUACACUACAAUAACAGAUAGUGUACAGUAUAUGCAACAUAGAAAUUAAAACAGCAGUGCAUUAUUUGUUGUUACAACUAAGUUUUCUAUGCAGUAUGUUGUUCCAUUCUACUGUCUGUAUAUUUAAAUAUGUAACAUGUAAAUAACUCUACCUGCU